CUGUGAAGUCAUCAGGGACAAACAAACCGGAGAUUCCUUGCAGUACGCAUUUAUAGAAUUUUCUGAUCGAAAAAGUUGUGAAGAUGCGUAUUUUAAGAUGGAUAACGUACUGAUCGAUGACCGCCGAAUUCACGUUGACUUCUCACAGUCCGUGGCUAAAAUGCGAUGGCGCGGAAAAGGCAAAGGUAUCAUUUAUUAUGAUGAUAAUGGUAAAAUAAAUAAAGAUGAAAUGCCAAAUGAUAGAAGAAACAAGAAAGUUAGGCAGCGUAGCAGAUCGCGAAGCCCAAGAAAAGAUCGGUAUGAAAAUAGAAAAGAUCGAGAUGAAAAUAGAGGAAGGUAUGAUUCGAAAAAAGACUAUAAACGACGUCAAGAAUCUUAUAGAAAUGAGGAUGAUAGAAGACGUGGAGUUAGGGAAGAAAAACAGAGUAAGAAAAGACUAGAUAGGAGUAGAAGCAAAGAAAAGAGAGAAAAGAGUAGGGAAAGAGUUAGGGAAAGACGAGAAAUAAAAGACAUUUGUAAAGACAGAAGAGACAAAAGUAAAGAUAAGAAAGAUAGAAAACGCGAUUCGCGAAACUCGAGAGAUGAAAAGCACAAAAAAAAACUUAGAGAUAGCUCGUCUUCUUCGGAGGAAGAGCGAAAUGAUAGACAUUCAGGAAAACGUCGAAAGUCGAAAGAGAGAUCAGAGGAAAAAUACAGUAGUAAACGACGACACAAGCAUAGAAGCUAAUAGAUUUU